CGCAUCAGCUGAUUGGCCACCGAACUUUGAUUUGACAGCUCUGUUUGGGUUACAAAAAAAGGCCCAAAUAACAUUAUAAGAAUUGAAAAUGUUUAGCAACGUUGUUAAGCAAUCGGUUCGUGCCGGAGUGCACAUUUUGAAAUCACAGUCACCAAUUGCAGCGGCAGGUGGCAGCGUUCUUAGUGCGAAUCAACAACGCGGUGCUGCAAAAUGGUAUCCCGAUCCGGAAUUCAUGAAACAAUUCAGCGGACCUGUGAUGUAUCCGGAUGAAGUCACUUCCCUGUGGCAAGUGCCGCCAUGGAACAGCAAAGUAGAACCCGUUGAAAAAUCUGUGCGCAAUUUAACACUGAAUUUUGGACCCCAACAUCCCGCUGCUCACGGAGUUUUGCGUCUUGUGCUGGAACUUGAUGGAGAGACUGUAAUGCGAGCCGAUCCACAUAUUGGUCUGCUACAUCGGGGCACCGAGAAGCUGAUCGAGUACAAGACCUACACUCAGGCUCUGCCCUACUUCGAUCGACUGGAUUAUGUGUCCAUGAUGUGCAACGAACAAUGCUACUCGCUGGCAGUUGAGAAGCUACUUAAUAUCGAUGUUCCACUGCGCGCCAAGUAUAUACGAACAUUGUUUGCUGAGUUAACUCGCAUACUCAAUCACAUAAUGGCUGUUGGCACUCAUGCCCUAGAUGUGGGUGCACUCACUCCGUUCUUCUGGCUUUUUGAGGAACGUGAGAAAAUGAUGGAGUUCUAUGAACGUGUCUCCGGAGCACGAAUGCAUGCUGCUUAUAUUCGUCCCGGCGGUGUCUCAUUAGAUAUGCCGCUGGGUUUGAUGGAUGACAUCUAUGAGUUUGCAUCGAAAUUCGCUGAACGAUUGGAUGAGGUGGAGGAUGUGCUCAGUACGAACCGAAUUUGGGUGCAACGUACCGAAGAUAUUGGUAUUGUGUCUGCCGAGGAAGCUCUAAACUACGGCUUCAGUGGUGUCAUGCUGAGAGGCUCUGGGAUCAAGUGGGAUUUGAGAAAGCAACAGCCAUACGAUGCCUACCAUCUAGUUGACUUUGACGUACCAAUUGGCACCAAGGGCGAUUGCUAUGAUCGUUAUCUGUGCCGCAUUGAGGAAAUGCGUCAAUCGCUGCGCAUUAUCGAUCAGUGUCUAAAUCAAAUGCCAGCUGGCGAAAUUAAAACUGAUGACGCCAAAGUGACGCCGCCAACGCGUUCCGAAAUGAAGACAUCAAUGGAAGCGCUUAUCCAUCAUUUCAAACUAUUCUCGCAGGGAUUCCAGGUACCGCCCGGUGCCACUUAUGCCGCCAUUGAGGCGCCAAAGGGUGAAUUCGGUGUAUACCUCGUAUCCGAUGGCUCAAGUCGUCCAUAUCGCUGCAAGAUCAAGGCCCCAGGAUUUGCCCAUUUGGCCGCACUUGAAAAGAUUGGCAAGCAACAUAUGCUGGCCGAUGUUGUUGCCAUUAUUGGCACCCUCGACGUUGUCUUUGGCGAAAUCGAUCGAUAGAUUAACUGAUCAAAAGAUUAAUGAAUAUAGUUAACUACAUACACAUAUAACAAGAUUGUUUUCUCUUUUGUUUUCUAACGAAUUGUGCAGCUUUGCUGGCGUUGAGAAUAUAAAUAAAUAAAUCUUAGUGAUGUGUAAUCAUAAAAACACAAUCCUAAUUUAAACACAUUA